AUGCCCCCUGCGCGCGUCCGGCUUCCCCCCGGCCACCGCGUCGACCACGUCAGCCCGCGCUUCCAUCCUCGCCACCCCGCCCCGCCAGCCGUGGCGCGCCGGCCCGUUCCGCUCCACCCCGCGCUAGUCCCCCGGUCCAGGUCCCCGACUGCUCUUGACUCCCUAGCGCAUCCCGAACCGUCUAGGUACGCUUCCUGCUACCCAUCAGGAGCCCAGGCUCAGAAUUCCUUCCGCCGCCGGAGGUUUGGAGCCGCGUAUGUCGAGUCACAAGGAAGUUCGGAUGCCGGGCAGCUCGAGGAGAUGCUCCGGAUUGAACGGGCCCUCGCUCAGCCACGAACAGACCAAAUGCUUCUGGAGCGGCUUGCCAUUGGGAACGUGUUCCGAGACCAGCUUGUCGAUUCUGGUGCUCGAGGAAAUUCAGCUCCUCCUCCUAGAAAUAAGAGCUUCGGGCCCGUCAUAUUCGAUGGAAACCAUAACACCAUUUCGAUGAGCACAAUCACAAAUACCACCCUGCAGACCGAUCGCUCCUUUCCGCUCACUACCAGCGAAUCCGGGUUUUCCAGCAUUUUGACAUGUGGCUCCGAUGGCCUCAAUAAUAGCACACUGUGUCCUGGAGAAGCAGAGCCCGUAAAACUAUCUGAGGAGAGUGCAUUGCACCCUGGACUGCACUUGGAGACAGGCAUAAGCUCGCCUCAUCCGACUAUUUUAGAUAACACUGCCAACGAAGACACGCUUAACACCACUGGGAUGCUAAGCAUCAGCUCUGGUAUAAAGGACGCACCGCAGACAGCAAUGAGCUCACUGGGUCACGAGCCCUGUGUUACAUUUGUCGAUGCCCACGAAGAUGAAAAAGAGCACGAAGACUUUCUCGCCGCCGACUGCUCCUAUAGCUCUUCGGUUAUCACCCCGAUGGAUACUCCCUUCCGAACAGCUCCUCUUACGUGCAAUGGGUACUAUAGUAAUUUACUAUCGACUAUGCAUAGAGCAGGUCUUGUCGGUGCACAAAUGCAUGCUAAGAAGAAUUUCCUUUUAGAUGCAGCGGAAUCAGGCCUAUCUGUAUCAAAUGUAUUGGCACACUUUGGGAUCAAGCCUCUAACAGACUCUCUUACUUCUGCCCAUUCCACCACACUGAGAUCUAAAGCAGCACAGAAGAUGCCCGCUCGUCGCUCUAUUAGUUCCGACACACUACAGAGGAAGUCUAUCUUGGUUCCAGCUCCACGAAGCUUCAGCAAUAGUGCAGCCCAUAUCGAUGCCGUUACGGAUAGUAGUAGGAGUCUAUCUGCCAAACAGUCAAUUAAUUCUACGUCAAACUCAUUGCUCGACCAUUCUAGUAAAAAAGAUAAGGACUCGUUCACUGAGCAAUCGCGUGUAGCCCUUGAACUUGGUGAAACUAGCGCAGAUCACAAGGUAUCAAUCAAGCUGGUCGAGGUAUCAAAAAAUGAUGCCCUUAAGUGGGCUACGAUUGAGCGGCACAAUCAACAAUCCAGUUUUCCCCAAGAGAAACAGCAAGAACCCCAAGGCCUUAUAGGAUUAACUAAAAGGGUUUGUCAUGUCUUACCCUCCUUAAUAGAUCGAAUACCGGAUGCAGUUAUUCUUGAUGCACUACAAGGUAGCACAGCAACCCCGAUGGACGCUGUGCCUAGCACUUUAAAGUCGGCCUCUGCUCUCCGCUCUGAUCUUCGUAACAAACCCAUGACUACAGAAGAGCAAGAUGUCCUUGUAUCGAAUGCUAGAUCUGCUCUUAAAUCUUUGAGAAUGAGUAGCUCUUUACCAUCAGCUUCUGCUUUGAGACAUAUAGACACAGGAGCCCAGAAUGAUUUUAGCAGAUCAAGAGUUAUAGUUGCAGACCAACGGCAUCUAUUGGCUUCUAGUAAAAAACUAGGGGCCAGCUCAAUCGGAAAUAAUGUUGAAAAUAAGAUGACUCCUCUUUUCAUCACUAAGUAUAAAGACAAUCUACAAAGUGUAGAUCUUGAUAUAAUUACUACAACUAAUAAAGAUUGGAACUUUGGCAAUGAGAUGGGUGGCGGUAAUAAGGCCACUAACAUGCGCUAUAAUAGAAGAAGCCCAACUUUUACAAUAAAAGGGAGAGAUGGUGGCCUCACAGAUAUACCCCUUGAGGCGCGAUGUGAAUCGCAAAAGGAGCCCCCUGGUGGCUCUCUGCCUACCGUAUCCUUAGCCAGUAUCCCUACAUCAUCAGUGGACGCUCGAAACAACGUACAAUCAAAGAACAAUCCAAUAGAAAGCUUCAUAAACGCUCGAAGAAGCGCCCGCUUUACAGAAAAGGGUAUGGUCACACAGCCAAUUACCUUUGACCAUACCACAGGAGAGUUUCUAUAUUCGGAGCUAUCGAGCGAGAUAGGGAGGUUUUCUAAUGAACUGGCCGUCCUUAAGAAGCAGCUAGCGUAG